GAUCGCAUUCAGUCGCAUUGCGAUAAGCCGAGCGAGCCGAGCAAGUGGUCGAGAAUUGCGAAGAUUGUCAAAACACCAGCGGGCAGCACAUCCGGAGCAUCCGUCCGUCUGUUUCCCGGUAUAGAUCCGUGAGCGAUGAAUUGCCGGCAACACUGGGGGCGGACCCUGUGGCUCGCAUUGAUCGUGUGUAUCGUUGCAGCAGCAGCAGUGCAUGGUGCAGAAGUGAUGACUGAGCCGACGGAAUCGUCCACCGCGUGUCCGCACAUCGUCAAGCGGGCCGGAUGGGGAGCGGCUCGCUCGAAGAAUGUCACCUAUCAGCUGAAACCGGUCGCAAAGGUCAUCGUGCACCACACGACCGGCGAGCGAUGCCCGACCGUCGCCGCCUGCAAGGAGCAGAUCCGCGGCUUUCAGACGGCCCAUCAGAUGCAGAAUGGUUGGAGCGACAUCGGCUAUAACUUCCUGGUCGGGCCGGCAACCAUCUACGAGGGGAUCGGGUGGCACCGUGUCGGAGCCCAUUUGCGCGGCCACAAUCGCGACUCAAUCGGUGUCGCGUUCAUUGGCAACUUCGACCAAAUCCGGCCGACGCCUCGUAGCCUGGAGCAGCUGGACCUACUGUUGCAAUGUGGCGUCGAGCUAGGGGAACUGACCGACGACUACCAGCUGUACGGAGCGCUGCAACUCCAGAGCACCAACAGCCCGGGCCAACGGCUGUACGCUAAGUUGCAGGAGCACGACCAUUGGACACCGUGGGGCAACUAAUCUGCGUGGAACCUUGGCUGUGACUUCCAUUGCACCUAACACUGCUUCGCGUAGCACGGCCUAAACAGAAAAAAAUAGAAAAAGUACACACAACGUUCCAUGUUGGCCGAGACGUAGGUCCAUACUUGGUUCAGGGAUCGUAUACCGGAAACUCGUUCGAAAGAAGCCCAAACAAAAAAGGCAAACAACAGUUUAGACACAACACAACACAUUACUUUAUCGCCGAACGGUCUGCGACACACAACGCAACGCACAUUCGAAUAUCAAUCGCUGUCCCGGCUGCUGGAAAUGCAAAUGUCACCGAUUAGUAGGGACGCAAAGUGCUGUACCAAUUCGCGCCGUCGUCCACAAUCUCCAUCAUGCUCGUCAAUGCGUACCUAACCGCCGUGUGCUGGUGAAACAGGUGAAGACAAACAGGCACUGUGGUGUGGUGGCGAGCUCAGGUGCAGAGGGUCCUGAGCACGGUUCAGCACCAGAACCGAUUAUCGAUCCACCACGCUACGAAGCGCACCGUCACGGUUCACUAGGCACCCAGGCCCGUGGGUCGAGGGGAGGGGUGGUGGAGUUGACAGGCCUGGACCCCGGGGUUGUUGCA